UGGUCACCCACCCAAAUAGCAGAGACCUCAGCAGCAGUGGGGCUCUUUAUUAAAUUGGCUUUUUGAGCGUGGAGGACAUCAACUACUGAUGCCGGACGAGGCCAUUCAAUAAAUCCUGAGCUGUUCUUAAACUUUUAAGGUCCAGGGCACCUCUUCUGCAGCAGCUCCCUGCAGCCUGAAGAUGGAGGCUUCCUGCUGUGUCCUGAGACUGCUGUGCUGUGCAGAGGACACAGCCAUGGGGCUGCUUCCUGGGACUGUCAUGAUGGAGACCCCCACCAAGGUGGCCAGACCCACUACGACCAGCUCCCACUCCCACAGCCUUCCACCCGGCACUCCUCGCACCCCCAGCUUCAUGGCAUUGCAGUCUGGUUCUGAGAUCCUCUAUCCUCCUACUCAGCAUCCUCCUGUGGCCAUCCUAGCUCAAAAUUCUGAUAACUCCAUGAACUCUGUUCUCGAUUGCUCCCUGGAAAUGGAAGCUCGGGCACCUCCAAAUCUGGGAUUCCGUGUUCAUAUGGCUUCUGGAGCGGCUGUCUGUCUGAUGACGGAUUUGGGGGACAGCUCUGGGGUUGAAAUGAGGCUACACAACAUGUCUGAGGCAGUGGCGGUGACUGCCUACCACCAGUACUCAAAAGGUAAGGUGCACAGUGUCCUUUUCAGGAGCCUGGGAAGGAGAUCCUGAGCUAGGAGACCCAAGAGGCAGUGUUGGGAAUAGAAAGAAACCACAUUCCAUUUCUCUGGACUCAGCCAAGCUUCCUGGCUCUAAGAAUAGUAGUUCAGUGGUGCACUGCGGAUG